AAUCAUCCCAUCCCGAUUGGAUCUGUACAGCGACGAACAAUUUUUGAAAGAGGUUAAUUUUCCUUUGGACAAAUACUUGUAAUUAUGGCUAAUCAUCUACUCAGAAAAAUCAACCUCAGUUUACCCCUUUGCCGAAGAUACAGUACAGAAGUAAGAAAAGCAACUCUCAUUCCUGGAGAUGGAAUCGGACCAGAAAUUUCCGCGGCUGUGCAGAAAAUUUUUGAAGCUGCUCAUGUUCCAAUUGAAUGGGAAUCAGUUGAUGUGACACCAGUAAGAGGACCGGAUGGCAAAUUUGGUAUUCCACAAUCUGCCAUUGACUCAAUGAAUAAGAACAAGGUAGGUCUAAAAGGACCUCUCAUGACACCUGUUGGAAAAGGGCAUCGAUCUCUCAAUUUGGCGCUCAGGAAAGAAUUCAACUUGUAUGCCAAUGUUCGACCAUGCCGUUCCUUAGAAGGUUAUCCCACUCUUUACACAGACGUUGAUGUUGUUACCGUUCGAGAAAACACUGAAGGUGAAUACUCAGGUAUUGAACAUGAGAUCGUUGAUGGUGUGGUCCAGUCAAUCAAAUUGAUCACCGAGGACGCAUCCAAACGGGUCGCAGAGUUUGCUUUCGAGUUUGCAAAGAAAGAAGGAAGAGAGAAGGUCACUGCCGUUCACAAGGCUAAUAUCAUGAGAAUGUCAGAUGGUCUUUUCUUGCGAUGCUGUCGAGAAGCAGCCGAAAAGUAUCCAGAAGUUAAGUUUGAAGAGAAAUACUUAGAUACUGUAUGUUUGAACAUGGUACAAGACCCUUCGCGGUUCGAUGUUUUAGUUAUGCCUAAUUUGUACGGAGAUAUUCUUUCUGAUAUGUGUGCUGGUUUAGUCGGAGGUCUUGGUCUUACACCCAGUGGAAACAUUGGAAUCAAUGGUGCUCUAUUUGAAUCCGUCCACGGGACAGCGCCAGAUAUUGCAGGUAAAGAUGCUGCCAAUCCAACUGCCCUUUUACUCUCAGCCGUUAUGAUGCUGCGGUAUCUAGAACUGGGAUCUUAUGGAGAUAAAAUCGAGAAGGCAUGCUUCGAAGUCAUUAAAGAGGGCAAGUUCCGUACCGGUGACCUCGGUGGCAAGGCCAAGUGUUCGGAAUUCACGAAUGCUAUCUGCGAGAAAGUAGCCUAAAGGGCAUCGAAUGCCUUUAUCUAGUUAAUAUCUUACUAGUUCAAUUGACUCAGAUCAAUUGCUGUUCUUAAUCUAAUUUCAUACUCCACCAACUGAAUCAUCCAUCUAUUAGGUUAAAAAAUAUUUAAUUUAUUUUAAUUUUAUUUUUGGGAUUUUCUCCCUUUUUUACACCUUCAGUUUUAAAUCGAAAUUGUUGUGCCCUAGAUUUUGUUAUGAUCAAGACGAGGAAAUUCCCGAAUUUUAUGGGCAUGAAAAUUCAUUAUCAUAACAGUCUAGCUUCAAUUUCCAAAAGUUGCAUUUUGAUGAUGAAACUAGGGAAAUGUGUCUCUGAAUUAUGGUUGUUCUUAUUUUAUGCUUACAUUUUUUUUCUCUUUUUUUUCUUCAUAAAAGAAUAAACCUAAAUUCAUUUUUUCUUAAGAAACUUUAAAAAAUUAUUCUGAGUACAAAGAUAGAUCACUUAAAAUUUUGUGCACAUGAAUUUUGUUUACUGACGUUUUUUUCAUCUCUCAAAGUAAAUUAGGUUAAGAAAUGUGCAAUGCCACAUUAAAGUUGAGUUUAUUUUUUUAGUUUCAUCAUCAAAUUGUUUAAGCUUCAACUUGAUUCGGCUAAUCUUCCUCAUUUCCUUUUUAUUUUCUCUGGAUCUUGUUCAAGCUCCAAAGCAUCAACUUGAACUGCAGGACUGAGUUCCAGGCACUGGUUUGCUUGAAGGCAACAUCAGUAAAAAAUGAGAGAAGGUUAUCUUUCUCUAACUAAAUGCCUCCAUGCUAGUGAAGGAAGCAAGUCUUGAAAUCCUUUUUUUUUUUUUAAAUUUAUGUAUUUAUUUCGUUUCUCUUACCCUCAGUCGGCAGAAUCUUCUUUUAAAAUACCACCAGUCAUUUUAAUCUUUUAGUUUUAAUUCCCUUAUUUUCGUAAUUUUUUAAGUUCUACAGACCAGGCACUGUGUGAUUUUCAUUUCAUUAGAUUGCUUGAAGAAACCACUUUUAACUGGAAAGCCCAAAUGAGUCUCUCAAGUAUCAGGCAUAUGAAUUGAUACUCCUUUGAUAACCAUUCUUUUUAUUCUCAAAACAGUAACUUCAAGGAAUAAGAGCCAAAUUCCUCUCAAAAAAGAAUUCCUUGGGAGUUAAAUGUGUUUUUAGUAUACUCAGCAGUAUUUUUCCAGUAUUGCAAUAAAACUGCAUCAUGCUAUUUUUCCCCUGCUAUGCUACAAAAUUUCACUUAAAGUCAGAUAUUUGAAGAUAAUUCGAUUUUGCAAGUGAAGUUUGAUUUAGUGGAACUCAAUUCACUUUCUUGAAAAAAUCCUUCAGGUGUUUUUUGGGAACCUAGCUUUAGGAAAACUCAUCUAAAAGAUUUUUUUGAUAAACUUGAUAGCCGCGUUCUAUUGAAUCCAGCCACUCUUGAGGAUCCAUUUUAAUUUGCUUGCUGUUCAUAAACCCUCGUUCAUCUGUUACUGAAUUUAAAGCAGGCGUUAUACCAGCACAAUUUUGUAGAUUGGAAAAGUUACUUCAAAUUUUCAGCCCAGCAGAACUGGCAGAGAAGCUGCAUCUUUUUUUUCAAGUCUUAUGACCCUUCUUUUUAGCUGAAAUGGGUGAAUGACAAACACUUUUUGUCGGAUCGGCACAUUAAUUUAAAAUUUCCAGGGCCAUUUCAUCAUGAAAUAGUUAGGGAUUGACCCAUUUCAGAUGCAAGAAGUUUCUUGCUCUUCCAGUGCACUGCAAAAUAUAUAAUUUUGGUUUCAUCAGUGUAUCAAAAUAUUUGUGUAAAUAUGUAAAAAAAUUUGUUGAUGAUUUUCAAGAACAGCAUCGCAUUUUUCAAAUGUUGCUGAAAUUGUACGAGUUAUCUUCCAUCUCCAUGUGUUGGUUGAUUCAACUACUACAUUACACUUUUCUUUUCUAGAUAAUUUAACCAAUCUAAGUUUUCGUUUUAGUUUCAUUUUGUAUACUAUUUUAAAUCUAGUUUAUUAAUAAUUAGCCUACUGCUAAGUAAUUCUGAAGUAAGAUUACUCAAAUUUUUGGAAUGUUUAGUUCUGUUCGCUUGUAUGUAGUAUCCCAUUACAAAGGAUGAACACUAAUCAUUAGAAUUUUUGAAACAUGAACAAGUGAACUGGGCUGCGCUGUUUUGAAAGUUUGAGUAUGACCUUUCUCCAGUUUUUUAAAUCGUUCUCUAAAUCUUAAAAAAGACAAAUACCUGUCAACUGCAAGUGAUUUUAUAGAUAAUAGUUUAAAAAAAAUUUCAUAACUUACUAAACUGAUGUGUAUGACAAAGUGCUUUCAUGGAGCAACUGUAACAAAAGCUUUCAUUUUGGGAAAGAUAUCUUCAUCAAUGUAAUCUUAAUUUUAAGAGAAAGUGAAGUCUUGGAACCUUGAAUCCAUUAACUGCUGAGGAUUAAUUUUAAUAAGGAGAAGUUUUAUUCGUGCUAUUUUCAUGUCUCUCUCCCAGUACCUUCAUUAUUUUGCCGUGAAAACAGUUUCUCUUUGCAAGAAAGAAAUUUCAUAAGUAAUAAUAUUUAAUUUUUUUUUUUUGUUUACUAACAUGGAGUUCAUCGUUAGAACACUGACUUUUACAUUAUUAUCAACGGCACAACCUUGACGCUGCUCGAUGUAAUCUUUUUCUUGAACUUUUUGCUGCACCUACUCUCUACUUUCAUUUUGGUAGCACAGAGAAACAAAGUUUCCCACGAAUGUCAUAGUGAUUAUGGCAGCUCUGCGUUUUAGUAGCUUUUUUCUGUUCAAACAGCUGUUAACUCAGCUCUCCUCUCUCUCUUGGGAUUUAGCUUAUAACAAAUUUUAAUUUUCACUUUUACCUCUGUCUUCAGUUUCAAUAUCUGCUCUCAUUGCUUAACCUAAACUGGAUAAAAGCCUAUGUCUCUCUUGGAAUCAUUGUCUCAACAGUAUUUUAUUUACUUAUCUACUGUAGCACUCUCUCUCUCUGUCCUGUUUCAAACUACUUAUUUGUAUAAUGUAAAUCGCAUCAUGCAUAGCAAAUCAGCAUCAUGACAUUCGGCUCUCUGUGAAGUGACAGAAAUCUGUCAUCUAUGCUCUACAUCUUUUUUUGCAUAAAUUUACCCCCCAACCUGUUCAUUUCGAUGAACUACAUCUAUCUGGGACCUUUGUUGACAAUAACCAUUGGUAUUCGUUUUCUCUGUCAAAUUUAGCGAGCUUCUCUCACGUUAGAAUUAGUACUAACCUUGAACAUAGUGACCUAGUCUUUGUAACUUCUCUGCGGAUGUCAAAAUAACAGUGAAUCUGUUCAUUUCUCUCAAACUGUUUUCUAGGCUUGCUCACAUCACGUAUUUUGAAGUGUGAUUACAGUGUGAAUUUUACUUAAGUGAUGAGAGACAGUAACUUACGUUUUGAUAGCAGCUUCAAAGGAACUCUCCUUGAUAUCCAUCAGCAAACUAAUGGAAAAUACUUUAUUUUUAAGAGUGCCCUCAGCUUCACUUGAUACUCAGGCUUUAGCGGAAGGAUGAUCUUGUGAAGUUUAAGUAUUAGUUUAUUAAUCUAGUUUUUCCUUUCUCCUGUGACUUUAUUUGAUUUAACGAAAUUCAGACAUAAUUUUCUCUCCUUAACUAACUUUCGAUCGUAGUCAAAACAUUGCCUAGGGGUGGAUUUUAACAGAUGCUACGUCAGCUGCAGUCCAUCAUAUAAAAUUCAUAAUUUUUCAGUCCAUGGACUGCAGUUUGCCAAGUCUGUACCCGGUAACUUCUAUUGUGUGUGAUUAAUUUUACCCCAUUUUCUCGUCAUUAAAAGUAUGUAAAAGUAGAUCAAGCAAAGGUGCUUUGUAUAAUCUAUCAUUAUUUUGUUUUGUGAUAAAAUACCUAUGCAGCAUCAAUUCUUGAAUUGGUGUUAACAGACUUUGUGAUUGUGUACGAUCUUGUCAAUUUGCCAAAAUGUUUCCGAUAAAGGAAGGUGUAAUAUGUUGGUUUUGAUGGUUCCUCUAGGUUUACGUUCAUUGAAAGAAGAGACCCUAUCCUUAACAGUGGAACAUUGCUUGUUGAGGCUUGGUGUAAAAGAGAGAUUAGGUUUAUUUGAACUAACAUCGAAGAUAGCUUGAGUUGGAUUAAAUAACCUGAUCUCCUUUUUGGCAUUCAUUGUUAGGUUCCAAGUGUAAAGAAUAACUAAAACACACCUGAUCAGGCCUUCAGAAAUUAUGAUUAGAGGGUUGUUGAGAUAUAAGGUUUGAAGAGUCAAAAUUACGUUCAAGAUUUUGUUAUAUUGAGAAAAAAGCUGAGAAUGGUACUAAAAUCUAUUCUAACGUAAGAAAUAUUGGUUGCUAGGUUCUCAUUCUCCAAAAUUGUUUACCAGAAAUGACAGAUUCAAAUUCAUGUUUAGCUCUCUUUAGGCAGGAAUCCAGUACCAAUUGAUCACUAUUUUGUCAUUCUUUGUACAUCCUUUUUCUCUAUCUUAUGUUUUACGAAGUUUUUUGUAUCCUUUUUUCUGCAUGGUUGACAUAGUUUUCCUUGUCAUUUGCAACCAACUUUUUCGAUACUUAUGUAAUUAAAUAACAAAUGUAUUCGCCAAACACAAGAAUGACAUGAAAUGUUUACUUAAAAAUAAUUCACUCAGAACUUCUCAAUCAUGUUUAACAGUAAACAUAGUCUAAGUAAUGUUAGCUCCUAACUAUCACUCAGUUAGAAAUUAGACUAUUGUAUUUUCUCAUCACAUCUGAAUGAAGCCAAAGACCGUUAGAUUAAGUUGAUCAAGUGGUGCAUUUCAUGUGAUGCAGAUGUCAAUGGCGUUUGUCCACUUUUCUGCACAUUGAAGGCUCCUGAUAAAUGAAUAGUUGCAGCUAUUUUCCAUGAGUCAAGAUUUUAGUAUUAAUAAUUAAGUGAAGUUGAGGUUCAUGAUGGCAUCAGUUUUGAAUAUAAUAUUACAGGUGAACCAUUUAUGAACAAAUGAUAGAACUCUUGUCAUUCAUCAACCGGUGUAGAAUUUUCUUCACAUUGUUUUUAUUAGUUCUUAUUUGAUCUUUGCCUGGAACAUGGCGAGAUAUUCAGGGGAGUUAUUUGAUCGCCAACAAUCUCAGUCCCACUUUGUAAAGCAAAUAACAUGGAGAUUUCAGCAGGCUGCUGUGAGAACUUUGCUGAACUCUGCCCGGUAUGCCUUGAUGAUUUAUUGAAUAUUUUGCAUCAAUGACUCCACCGAAUAAUUUUUUUGUGUAUUCUUUAUCAUUUGUGCUAGCUAAUUCUUCAUCAGAUCUUAAAAUUAAGUUGCUGUAAUUUUUUUGAAGCUCUAUUCCUAAUUUUGUAUGCAUCGGUCAUUGUAGAUGCAAAUAAGUCAUGAAGUUUUAUUAUCGAUCCAUGCACAUUGAAAGUAUCAUCAGUGCCACUUGGUUUUUACUAUUGAAUCUGUUGUAAAAAUGCGUCCUUGAAUAGAAAUUGAAAAUAAAAAAGAUUGAAAUGUUGAAGUUAA